AUGACUGCCCAGGAACACCAGCUGCGAGGCCAAGAGGAAGACUCAAUAUCAGCAUCUGCUGCCCGAUCCGCGCCAGUCCCAGAACCGGAGGUCGACCCCUCCGACACCGCGCUCUCCGAGGCCGAGGUUGCGCAGGUCAAGAGGCACAUCGCCGAAGCGCUAGGCGUUGCCAGCCACUCUGCGGAGGAAUAUACAGGCGCAUCGCUCUAUUAUGAUGCAUCGACCAUGGCGCCGCUGAAUUCCUUUUCUUUGGCCGCCCUCAACAGACUCCGAGCAUACAAGCCCCCCUCGUUCCCGCUAUGGGACAAGUUGCCGGCGCGCAAGCGAGCCGCCGUCCUGGUGUUGCUGUUUGCGGAUCGAUGGGGUGAUUUAAGAGUCGUUGUUACUAUGCGCGCGGCUAGUCUGCGCAGCUUCUCGGGCCAUGCAGCGCUGCCGGGCGGCAAAGCAGACAGCAAAGAAGAGACGCCAUACCAGAUUGCGCGACGAGAGGCGUACGAAGAGAUUGGACUCCCCAUGGACGACCAAAGGAUACCCAAGCCGUUUCGCAUCGAGCAGCUGUGCUACCUGCCACCGUCCUUGGCGCGGACGCAUCUGGUGGUUACACCUUGUGUUGCAUUCCUGCAUGCCGAUCGGACCUCUGCCGACUCGCCGCCUGCGUUGGUUGAAGAAUCCAUGAUCCCUCGACUGGAUGCCCGAGAAGUCGCGGCCGUCUUCAGUGCUCCCUUCUAUAACUUCCUCAAGGCCAGCGACCUGCCGCCCCGAGAAGGCGAAACGCUACCUCCAGGACACUGGUACGACGGCGCUUGGACGAACUGGAAAGGAGAACAGUGGCGAGUACACAACUUUUACGUACCCGUCAAUAAUCAGAAAGUAUCAAGGCCCAGGAGAGGAAGCGCGGCUCAGAUAGAGCUGGCAGACCAGUUGGAAGAGAGCCAAGACCACGAAGGCCGGUUCCGAGUCUGGGGCAUGACUGGCAGAGUGCUCGUCGACGCAGCGAGGAUUGCAUAUAACGAAGACCCUGAGAUGACACACAACUCGGACUUUGGAGAUCUCAAUGUCAUCAAACUCGCUGAGGAAGAGGGUGCGUUGGAUGAGAGCCCCCUCCCGGAAAAGAUGCCGGAAAAGAAAGGUAAAGAAGAAGAGCAGAAGCCUGCCAAGAUGUAA